AUGAAUAAAAUCUUCCCCCAGGGAGAUGCCAAUGACAAUGCUGCUGGAGCCAAAGCCCUCCCUGGAGGGGAAGGGGCCCAGAUCUGUGUGACGCUGACGAACAGGACGGGCUUCCUGUGCCACGACCGGAGGAGUUGCAUCCCUGCCAGCAGGGUCUGUGAUGGCAUCCGCACCUGCGCCCACGGCGAGGACGAAGCCGAGGCCAUGUGCCGGGACAUGCCCCAGAGCCUCCCCAGCUUCCUCGUCGCCCACUGUGGAGACCCGUCUUCCUGGAUCUAUUCAGACCAAAAGUGUGAUGGGGCCAACAACUGCGGGGACUGCUCAGAUGAACUGAGUCCAGUGACCGCGUGUCCGCCCUGUGGCCCGGGCUGGUGGCACUGCCCCUCCACCGUCUUCGGGUACUGCGGCUGCAUCCCCAGGAGCCUCUGCCGCGACCUCGUGCAGCACUGCUCCGACUGGUCGGAUGAGUACUCCUGUCCCGGACCCUGA